AUGAACGAAAACAUUGACCUGGAUGUCAAGCCGGAGUUAUCGGCAAUCUCCUCCAAUGACGGCUCCUCCGAACUCAUCGCAGACAGAACUGGUUCUGAACAUGAAGGAAUCGAAGGAAACGACGGACCCGAUCUGGCCGCGGGCCAGAAACGAACAACACGGGCCUGCGUGCGGUGUCGCUUUCGGCACACAAGAUGUCCUGGCGGCCAUCCGUGUCUGAAAUGUCAGAUGGCUAAGACUAAGUGUGAGUAUGUAACCUAUGAAAAGAGACUUGUAGUUUCCCGGAAAUAUCUAUAUAAGUUGCAGGAGGAUAUCACGCGGCUCAAGAAGGAAAACGCACAACUCCGGAUCAGCUUGAAGGAGGAACAGGCGAGAAAAAUGGGUCCUGGCGACUCCAUUCUGUCGGUGUUGAGUCCCAAAGUCGAUCCUUCGCUGCUUCUGAACCUGCCGUAUGCAACACUGGACUCGAUCCAGCCUCCUCCCGAUGAGAACGAGGUUAUCCGGCCGUCGCUCGAUAAGUAUGGCCGCUUGAUUCAUUCUAGAACUGGAGAGAAGCUCUAUGUGGGAAGCUCCAGCAUGACCCUCUUUGGCCUCGAAAUCCAGAACAUGGCGCCAAGCUUGCCUUCCUCGAACCUUCUCAGUUUGAAUUCAACGGUGACCAGUCCAGCAGAUAGCCCUGGUGGCCAGCCUCAAAGAUACAACUCGCUAGGGUUUGACACCCACAAGAAGCGUGAAACAAAGAUCUUGGAAAAGGAGGGCAACGCCUACAACAUUACGCUAGCAAAGACAAAUACGCGACCGGGCCUCUCGGUCAACUUCACGCUUCCGUCGUAUUCAUAUGCCAUCCUUCUCGUGGACACUUUCAUUAAUUACCACGAUGGCUGCUUCUACUUCUUCAACGAGGGCCUCGUGAAGCGCUUCCUUGUCAAUUUGUACUCGGGAAACACUGCAGAGAACAAGAAGAUCAUUAAACGUAAUAUUAUUCCUGAUAUCGGCCCUGCUGACGACGAGAACACCAUCAAAAAGGAUACAGAUGAUGAUACCAUCCUCGAAACAAUCUGGUUCUGCAAAAUCCUACUUAUAUUUGCCAUUGGUGAGAUGUACUUGGGAACAGAGUCAGAUACACACCUCAAGAAUAAUAAGAACCAGACCAUAAUAGCAUACGCGAAGAAAUCAAGCAAACGAAGGGCAGAGGCAAAAAAGAACACCCUUCCAGGAUCUGGCUUCUUCUACCAAGCCUCAGAACUAUUCACUGGCCUUUUCGCCUCUGGCGCCAUUGAUAAUAUCACUAAAGAUGGAGGUAUCGAGGUAAUGCUUCUUUAUGCCUUCUAUCUACAAGUAGCGGAUUGUACAAUCGCUUCGUACUUCUACUUUGGCCUAGCGCUACGGUCAGCAUUGAUUCUUGGCUGGCAUGUUGACGCCGACAUGGAGAACCAAAAUAGGUUUGAGCUCGAGCACAGACGUCGUAUCUGGUGGACAGUCUACAUGUACGAGCGGAUGUUAUCGUCCAAGGCUGGUCUUCCGUUGAGUUUUGCCGAUGAUAGUGUUUCCACAGAACUUCCGUAUGACUUCAACGUUGAUUUGCAAGACUUCCCACGCGAUGAAAAUGACGUCAGAGGCUACUACAUCUUCCCAUCAUCCGACUACAUCAAUAACUGCGUGACCAUUACCCAAAUUAAUGCUGUUAUCCUAUCUUCACUCUACACAAAGCAGCCGACGGCGAACAUUCUCCCAGUGGUCUCGGACUUGGUCCAGCGUCUUUUCAGAUGGAAAAAUGCUCUCCCAGAAUUCUUGAGAGUCGACUUUUCCACUGACGAAGUCAAAAUUUCUCGUUUGGUAGUGAACCUUUUGACUGAAUAUUUCCAAGGUAUAAACUUAGCAGUCAGACCCUUAUUGUUUCACUUUGCCACAAAGAAAUUGAAGGAACUUCAAACUCAAAACAACAUCAACAAGUAUGUGGAUCUCUCGCAGUAUUCUAAGAACGUCUUGUCUCUCCUCAAUGCCUCUUUCCAGGCAUCCAUCAACACAAUCAAAUGCAUUUGGGCACUUCUACCACAGAACAUGGUGGCUUUAUUCGGAUGGAUGGACCGUGAAUAUCUUUUCACAUCAGCAUCAACUCUCAUUUUGUUCAAUGCCUCAUUUGGUGUCCAUGAUGCCACCAGAACACAUCUAGACCACGCACUCACCAUCUUCACCCGCAUGAAGAAGCUUGGCAAUUAUCCAGCUGCAUUACGUAGGGCGCAGUUGCUUAAGCUCAUCAAGAUGCUUGAUUUCAACGGAUUGAUGAUCGAUUUAUUGCAAAAACACGAUGAAGAAACCGUGUCUAAUACUUCUCUGAACGAGCAAAUGAACUUCGAUACCAAUCUCCUGCAAAGCAUGGGCCAUGAAAACACAACUUUCCGCCAACCAUCGCCUGCUUUCAGCGGACAACCGCUUGUCGCUCCAGAACCUCUUCAUACUGAUCUCGACUUUCUUCAGUUUAACAGUCCAGUACCUUCUGCAAUGAGGCCCAGCUCCUUGCGUCACACACCAUUAAUCCCAGCCUCGGAGAAUCUCACCAAUGAAACAGCAGAAAUGCAAAGAACAAGCACAAAGAGGCCGCACGACAGCGAUUUCUAUCCGAACGAGGACUUGGCUGGUAUUGAAGGUUUGACCUAUCUAGAUGAAGAGCUGAAACUUUGGAACGAAAUCACCAACGACGCCGUAUGGUUGCAGCCCUCAGGUGUACAACCAGGUGUACAACCAGGAGUUCAACCAAGCGGCGCCAGACAGGGCGGAUUCGAUGAAGAAGAAACAUUGAACCGCCCAGAUAGCCUGGCAUAUCCUUUCAAUCCAUUUUCCAACGUGACUGGAGCUUACAGUGAUCUCAUCAGUCUGGAGUUUCAAGAUGAUAUGUUUUGA